AUGUGCUGGGAGCUUGGGGUCGGUGCCUCCCCAGACCGAGACCUGACGCCGCCGCCGCCAUCCUCCAGGGGGAAAAAGAAGAAGAAGAAAUCCACCCGGAAGAAGAGGAAGAGGUCCCCAUCAUACAGCCCUUCGCCAGUCAAGAAAAAGAAGAAGAAAAGUUCCAAGAAGCAUAAGCGACACAGGUCAUUCUCCAAGAAGAGAAGGCACAGCUCCUGUAGCCCCAAAAGCAAAAGGAAGGAAGAGAAGAAGCACAAAAAACAAUCUCGAGGCCGUCCCCGAAAGUCUCACCGCCACCGUCACCGCCGCUGCCACUCGCGGUCGCAGAGCUCGGAGUCCCGGUCCUCGAGCUGCGAGAGCAGGCACCGAGGCCAGUCCCCAGAGGAAGGGCGCAAGUCCCGCAGGAGGCGCGUCCGACGCUGUCCCAAGACCCUCUGCAAGGCCAGCCCAGACACCCGGUCCAGCCACCCAGCCGGCCAGCCCCUCCAGAUGCUCAGCCUGUCAUCCAGGGGUGUAAUCACUGGGUCGGGGUCUGCUGCCGAUCUCUUUACCAAAACAGCCAGCCCGCUCCCCACCUCCCGUGGACGCUCUCAGGAGUACGACUCAGGCAAUGACACCUCCUCGCCACCCUCCACGCAAACCAGCUCAGCCCGCUCGCGGGCUCAGGAGAAGGGGAGCCCCGGUGGGGGCCUGAGCAAGAGCCGGGAGCUGAACAGUGGAAACACGUCUGAUUCAGGGAACUCCUUCACCACCUCCUCCCCACUGAGCAAGGGGGCGACUCUGGGGACUCUCUCCCCCACCGCCAGGGGCAGAGAAUCCAGAGAGUUCCAGUCGCCUUGUCUGGAAUGCUCUGAGGUGAAGAAGCCCAGUCUGAUCCCAUCCUCGGCUCGGAGUUCCCCGACGAGAGCGUGCUCCCGAAGCUCCUCCUAUGCCAGCACCCACUCCUCCAGCCACUCCUCCCGCUCCCCAAAUUCUAGGGCCACUCCCAGGUAUACUCGGAGCCAAUCCACCUCCUCUGGGAAAAGGUCCUAUUCCCGUUCGCCCAGCUACUCUUCCAAGUCGGAGAAGCAGAGUCCGCCCAGCAGAAGCUCUCGAUCCCGACGCAGCCCUAGUUAUUCCCGCUACAGCCCCAGCAGGGAGCGGGACCCCAAAUACAGUGAGAAGGGCUCGCAGCAGAGGGAGCGCGCACGGCAGCGGAGACGUCGGUCCUACUCCCCGCUGCGGAAACGCCGGAGAGACUCCCCCAGCCAUCUGGAGGCAAGGAGGAUUACCAGCGCCCGGAAGCGGCCCAUCCCCUACUACAGACCCAGCCCCUCGUCCUCCAGCAGCCGCAGCAGUGUCUCCUCCUGGUACAACAGCAGCAGCAGCAGCCGCUCCAGCAGCCGCAGCUACUCGCGGAGCCGCAGCCCGAACCGGACCCGCAGCCGGAGCCGCAGCACCAGCGGCAGCAGCAGCAGCUCCUCCCAUUCGCGGAGCCCGAGCCCGAGCCCGAGCCCGAGCCCGAGCUCGAGCUACAGCUCAGCGGACAGCUACUCCAGCACCAGGCGCUAA